AUGUCAGACGUAGAACCUGACCUAUCCGAGAGCGAUGAUGCACGAUCGGAAACCACCGAUUACUCGUACAGCAAAUCGGAGGUUGCGGCAACUUCCGAACUAUUUGCCAUCCAGCAGUCCUUACUCCAUCAAGUUGAAGAUAUAAUACCACCGUCAACAGACUCGCUAUUGGAAAAUCUCAGUCUGAAGCAUCUCUGCUCCUUUGAUGGAUCAACCUUAAAAAUAAUUCCACCAAAACAACCUGCAAAUGCGCAAGACUUUAAGCUUGACGUGGAAACUCUUCGAGAGUCAUUGGGAGCUGUACCUGUCAGAAGAUUAGAAGUCUCACACGUUGUCUGCACUGAAUCUGAUUUGGCCAAUUGCAUCUCUGCUUUUGAUUUGGAGGAGCUUGCUCUUCGUGGCAUAGCCUUUGAUAAAAUUUCACUUGAAGCGAUUCUACAAGUGGUUUCAGGGCUGUUUACCGGGAUAGUAGAAUUGGCCUUGAACGCUCUCAACCUGCAUUCAAAUCCAAAGAAUGUCCAAGCUCUCUCCAGAUUCAUAACCACCAACAAAACCGUCAAACGUCUCUACAUUACCGAGAAUGGAUUCGAUGAUGAUUCUAUCAGUGGUAUUGCAGCAAGCAUACAGAAAAACACGUCGUUGGAGUUACUAGACGUUAGUGCCAACGAUUUUUCAGACCGGGGUGCAAUGCAGUUGAGCGCAGCUAUGCGGGCAAACACCACAUUGUCACGGCUGCAUAUGAAACGUAACGACAAAGUGACACCCAAGACUGCAGUGCAUAUCUUCCAAGCUCAUAAAGGGAGGAUACGAUUCUUGUUGACUCAAGGUUCCAAGUCUGAUGAGUGGACUUUUCCAGAACCUAUUCCGGGUCAAGUUAAGGUCCCUCUAUCCAACGGGCUAUCAGGGGCUGUAGGGGGAUACGAAUUUGCAAAGCUGUUGCAGGAGAUGAAGAGUGGAGAUUCGGUCUUUUCUGUCAAUUUCGGCAACAACAAUAUUGAUGAUGACGGAGCUGCUGCUGUGGGACAACAGCUGAAGAAUGAUACCAAACUAGUAUCUCUUGAUUUACACAGAAAUAAAAUAGGAUAUGCAGGCAUGGAAGUGAUUGCCCUGGGGCUGGAGGCCAAUACGACGUUAAUGUCGUUGGAUUUGAGCCACAACAAUAUUGGGAUGACUGGAGCUUAUUACGUUACCAGAAUUAUAUCAAAGAAUCGAACACUGAAAUAUCUCGACCUGUCGGCAAACCGAAUGUCUGAUUCUGGCAUUGAAAAGCUUGCAUCGGCUCUCAAAAGCUGUGAAUCUUUAAUAUCUCUGGCAUUGCGCUCAAACCAUAUCAAAGUUGUUGGAGCGGUGUGUCUGGCCAAGAAUCUGCCGCCACACCUCACCAUCUUGGACUUGAAGUACAAUACGAUUGGUAAUGAGGGUGCUCUAGCAUUUGCAGCACUAUUAAAGGAGAACAAGUCCUUGGUCAAGCUAGACUUGGCUGGUAAUGAGAUCGGGGAUGAGGGGGCUGAAGCGUUGAGUUUGGCGUUGCUGGAAAAUGAUACAAUGUUGGAUCUGUCGUUAGGAGUGAAUACAAAGGAAUUCAUCGUGAACGUCGACGCCAAUAUUGGCAAGGCGCCAGCCCCCAAAGGCACUGCGCAGGUGCAAGUGCCCGCAGGCAGGAGGCAGUCCGUGCCAACGGUGAUACGACACAAGGGGAUGUCAUCGAAUACGAUUUCCGAGGUUGUGUCGGCAUAUGUAGCGGGGAGUAUUGCUCUAGUCGCUGAUGCCUUCCACAUGUUGUCGGAUGUCUUGUCCUUGAUUAUCGCAUACUACGCCAUCAAGCUCGCCGCUCGAACUACUCGAGGACCAAAGUUCUCUUAUGGAUGGCAGAGAGCUGAAGUAUUGGGUGCGCUGGUAAACGGAGUCUUUUUAUUGGCACUGUGCUUUACCAUCGUCAUAGAAGCUCUGCAACGAUUCGCACAGCCUGUCCGUGUUGAGAGGCCGAUAUUAGUAUUAAUUGUGGGCUCAGCUGGUCUGGGAAUGAAUUUGGUUGGACUGCUACUCUUCCAUGAACAUGCUCAUGGACAUUCGCACUCGCAUGGCGACAGUCAUAAUCAUAAUCACGUUGACGAUCAUCUCGAAGAUGAGGAAGAAGCAAAUGCUCCCAUAGUAACCCAUAGUCGUCGCUCCAGUUAUCUGAAUACCCAAGAUGGUCCACUAUCUAGCUUAUCACUAUACCCGGCUCAAGCUAGAGCUGAUAUCAUAAAUGCUGCUGAAAUACUCAGUCAUCGAGACCUCGCAGAUGCAAACCCUCAUCCAGAACCUGGUGCUGGAUUUAGAACUGAAACUAUCUUGAAAAUGUCUCCUGCACUUCCUCAUAACGCACAAAAGUCUCCAUCAUUCUCAAACAAGACCUCAGCCAUAAAUGGUCGAGCUUCUAAAGAUACACAUGUCCACAAUCAUGAUGACCACGACCACGAUCAUGCUGAACAUCAGCACUCACAUAGUCCAGACCACGAACACGAGCAUUCUCACUGUGAUAAUGAUCAUGCUAAUCACAAUCACUCUCACGAUGGCCACAAACAUCACGACCACGAUCACGAUGAAAAGAAGGCUCAUGGAGGAGGACACUUGAAUAUGCAAGGAGUCUUUUUACACGUGUUGGGUGAUGCUAUGGCAUCGAUUGGCGUCAUAAUAUCUGCACUCAUCAUCAUCUUUGCCGAUGGUGAUUGGAAGUAUUAUGCAGAUCCAGCUAUAUCUAUAGUCAUCACCAUCGCCAUCUGCUCAUCAACUAUACCUCUGGUUCGAAGUGCUGCCUUCAUACUGUUGCAGGGUGUACCGCACUCUGUGCCUAUAGAAGUAUUGAGGACUCGCAUACUAAAAUUAGAAGGAAUUAUAGAUGUGCACGAGCUGCACGUAUGGCAGCUCUCAGAUACAAAAGCCAUUGCUUCAGUACAUGUCAUUGUACAGGCUCCCUUCACAACUGCUUAUGGAUCUAUACCACCAGAUUAUAUGGCCAUAGCAUCUAGAGUAAAGCAACUCUUACACGAAUAUGGUAUCCACUCUACCACGGUUCAGCCAGAGUUCUUUUAUUCCAAGGGUAAAAGUGUCAGUGAGGGACGAAGUAGUCCUGGAUCUGAACCUCCACACAUGGACCUCAUCGAUAUCGUCGACAAGAAUACUCUUGUCGAACAAACAUGCUUAUUACGUUGCGAGGAAGACUGCAUAGAGAGUAUGUGUUGUCCUGCACCCGCUACUGCCAAAGUAUCACCGGCAAACGAUCUACCUUGA